CAACAGCAGCAGGAGGACCCGCAGACGGCGAAAGUGCGUUCGUGGUCACGAUGGUGAAGUUGCUGGCCUUAAUUGGCAUCCUCGCGCUGGCGGUGACGGCAGCGACAGCCGAGGUCCGAAUCAAGCGACAGGCGGAAGAAACCACCAAGAAGGAGGAGUCGUUCGAGAAGGAGCUCUGCAAAGACAAAGAUGCCGGCGAAUGGUUCCGGUUGGUUGCGGGUGAAGGCGACAACUGCCGUGACGUCAUCCAGUGCACAUCGUCGGGCCUGCAAGCGAUCCGCUGUCCGGCUGGGCUGUACUUCGACAUUGAGAAGCAAACGUGCGACUGGAAGGAUGCGGUGAAGAACUGCAAAUUCAAGAACAAGGAGCGCAAGGUAAAGCCGCUGCUGAUCACAGACGAACCGCUCUGUCAGGAUGGUUUCCUGGCGUGCGGUGAUGGUAACUGCAUCGAGCGUGGACUCUUCUGUAACGGCGAGAAGGACUGCUCGGACGGCUCGGACGAGAACUCCUGCGACAUCGAGAACGAUCCGAAUCGUGCGCCACCGUGCGACGAGUCCGUGUGCGUGCUGCCAGACUGUUUCUGCUCGGAGGACGGCACCACCAUUCCUGGUAAUCUGCCCGCCAAGGAUGUGCCGAUGAUGAUCACCAUCACCUUCGACGAUGCGAUCAACAACAACAACAUCGAUCUGUAUAAGGAGAUCUUCAACGGUAAGCGCAAGAACCCGAACGGGUGCGACAUCAAGGCGACGUACUUUGUCUCGCACAAGUACACCAACUACUCGGCUGUGCAGGAGACGCAUCGUAAGGGCCACGAGAUCGCAGUCCACUCGAUCACCCAUAACGAUGAGGAACGCUUCUGGUCGAACGCAACCGUGGAUGACUGGGCGAAGGAGAUGGCUGGUAUGCGGAUCAUCAUCGAGAAGUACGCCAACAUCACGGACAACUCUGUGGUCGGUGUUCGUGCACCGUACCUGCGCGUCGGUGGCAACAACCAGUUCACGAUGAUGGAGGAACAGGCGUUCCUGUACGACUCAACGAUCACUGCGCCGCUCUCGAACCCACCACUAUGGCCGUACACGAUGUACUUCCGUAUGCCACACCGUUGCCACGGUAACCUGCAGUCCUGCCCGACGCGCUCACACGCCGUCUGGGAGAUGGUGAUGAACGAGCUCGAUCGCCGGGAGGAUCCGACCAACGACGAGUACCUGCCAGGUUGCGCCAUGGUUGACUCCUGCUCGAACAUUCUCACCGGGGACCAGUUCUACAACUUCCUCAACCACAACUUCGAUCGGCAUUACGACCAGAACCGGGCUCCGCUGGGGCUGUACUUCCAUGCGGCCUGGUUGAAGAACAACCCAGAGUUCCUGGACGCUUUCCUGUACUGGAUCGAUGAGGUCCUGUCAAACCACAACGAUGUGUACUUCGUCACCAUGACGCAGGUGAUCCAGUGGAUCCAGAACCCGAGAACGACCAACGAGGUGAAGAACUUCGAACCGUGGAGGGAGAAGUGCGUUGUUGAGGGCCAGCCCGCCUGUUGGGUGCCGCAUUCCUGCAAGCUCACCUCCAAGGAGGUUCCUGGGGAGACCAUCAACCUGCAGACGUGUGUCCGUUGCCCUAACAACUACCCGUGGGUGAACGAUCCUACCGGUGAUGGGUUCUUCUAAGACCAGUAGGUCCUUUUUGUCUGUCCUAUCUGUGGCACAUCGUCCAUCCCUUUGACGGAGCGCGGCUUAAUAACAGCCUUACUAUCUCUUCUAUCUGCGCCUUCUUUAAUGUGUCGCCCGGCGGGAGCUUUUAGCCGGUUGCGAACGUGCGGCUUCUCUCACCUUUUAGCCGUGUUGCUUCCGACGGUAGUUUCCCCAUUUUCCCCGCCUCUCCCUUUCUCUCUCUCUCACUCUCUCUCUCUCGCACCCCGGGCUAGAACCCCUCAAUGUCUAGUCUCGCGCCUCGUAGCCCACAGCAUGUGCUUAGACGCAUCUUCACACCGAAUAACGAAUCGAUGGCCAUUUACGAGACUACCCCAUUUACAAGCAAGCCCGGGAGGGGCGGCGGUCCUCUGUUUUACAUCGACAAUCAAACACACACACAUACACAUAUGCAGACAUAAUCACACUCAACACAGGAACACGCAGGAGGAAUUGAAGAAAAAAAACGAAUGCUGUGGAUAUUACAAUUAUGUAUUUUUUUGUCGUUUAUAACUUAAUUUAAUACAAAACAAAGAAAAUGGAAGAGAAAAAUAACGAAUUGAAAAAAAAAUACAAAAUACCAUUCAACCCACUACGAAACACACAAUGGCAAACGACGACGAAAGUA